CCCUGAUGCGACUGGAUGGCUGGAGGAUUGAACACCCUGGUGUGACUGGAUGGAUGAAGACCCUGCUGAGACUGUAUGAGAUGCUGGUGACUGGAUGGAUUGAAGACCCUGGUGUGACUGGAUGGAUUGAAGACCCUGGUGUGACUGGAUGGAUGGAAGACCCUGGUGUGACUGGAUGGAUGGAAGACCCUGGUGACUGGAUGGACGGAAGACCCUGCUGCAACUGGAAGAAGAUGCUGGUGACUGGAUGGAUGGAAGACCCUGAUGUGACUGGAUGGAUGGAAGACCCUGCUGCACCUGGAUGGAUGGAAGACCCUGCUGCAACUGGAAGAAGAUGCUGGUGA